CGGCAACUCCCCAAUUUAUUCAUUUGGGCGAGCCUCACCCAUCUCGCACCUCUUCCCAUUCUUUUCCAUUUGUCUCCGCGUAAACAACCUCUUGACAGCGGUUGUUUCUGACGAUCGCCACCCAACUCCUCGCUGGCACCAGUCAUAGGGCGACUUGUACUCCCUUCCCUUGAUGACGACGCUGCGGUCCACCAGGCCAUCUCUGAUCGAGCACCAAUCUAUUCAAUAUUCUUGAGCUUCAGCUUCGAAGAGACCGGUGCUAACCAAGACAGAUAUUGACUUUAGGUUCCUUCCUCCCUCGACAACCGCCAACAUGGUUCUGCACAACCCCAACAACUGGCACUGGGUGAACAAGGAUGCGUCGCCGUGGGCGCGCAAGUGGUUCGAUGACAACCUUCCCAAGGUCGAGGCGAAGGAGGGGGAUGUGACGGCCAAGAUCAGCAAGAUCAUCAGCAUGGACGGAGACGUCGACGUGGCACAGCGCAAGGGCAAGGUCAUUACGAUAUUUGAUGUCAAGUUAACUCUGGAGUACACAGGCUCCACUGCCGAGGAUGACGACGUUUCGGGUACCAUUACCGUCCCGGAGGUCUCGCACGAGCUCACCGAGGACGAGUUCGUGUUCGACAUCGAUAUCUACUCCGAGUCCAAGGAGAAGCAACCUGUCAAGGACCUGGUGCGGUCAAAGCUCGUCCCCCAGCUCCGCAGCGAGUUCGUCAAGCUCUCCCCUGCCCUCGUCGCCGAGCACGGCAAGGACAUCCAGCACGCCCCUGGUUCGAACCCGUCCAGCGGUUUCUCGACUCCCAAGUUGCACCCCCAGGCAGCUGCUGCCGCCAAGCCAGCGGCGACGUCAAGCUCCCAGAGCAGCAGCGGCGCCGUUGUCAACACGACUACUGUGACGGACACUGAAGAAUUCCGCACGACAGCCGAGGAGCUCUACAAGACAUUCACCGACCCGCAGCGGAUCGCCGCUUUCACGCGAGCCCCGCCCAAAGUAUUCGACGGCGCCAAGAAGGGCGGCAAGUUUGAGCUUUUUGGUGGCAACGUCUCGGGCGAAUUCCUCGAGCUGGAAGAGCCACGCAAGAUCGUCCAGAGUUGGCGUCUGGAUCAGUGGCCGGCGGGCCACUACUCGACACUGCAGAUCGAGUUCGACCAGAACGAUGUCGACGCGGUCACGGUCAUGCGCGUCGAGUGGAAGGGUGUGCCCAUCGGUCAGGAGGAGGUGACCAAGCGUAACUGGCUAGAGUAUUAUGUUCGCAGCAUCAAGCGGACCUUUGGCUUCGGCACCAUUCUUUAAGAAAUAGCAUUGCGGGAGGGACGGCGUUCGGCGGAAGGGAUAAGGUGGUACGACCGGUAUGCAUGGUAAGGGACGGCGGUGGCAUCUGAGCUUGGUAUGGUCAGAGCCGGGUCUUUCGCGUCAAGAUUUAUGGUGAUGGCUGGAUACCACCCAGCAAGUUACGGCGUCACGAACAAAUCGAUGAGAAAACGACAAUAUAUACACGAGCUUUCUCCUUUAUCCGCCUUCUACGCGCCUUUGCCUCGCCUCUCGUUUACCUUUCUUGUGGCAUGUUAGCUGCUCGGAUUGCUGGGGUCGAUAUUGACAACGGUGCCCCCCGCCCUUUAUAGCCGCAAGUUGGGCGACGAUUGUCUCGGGCGACUUCUCCAAGUAGAGUAGGGCAAAUGCACGGGGACUAAUAAUACCGUGAGCUACUCAGUGGCAUAGCUAAA